AUGCGGAAGCUUCUUCGCGAACUAAUGACUGAUUCGUCUACAGUUGAGCGUUUCAGGGGUCUCAUUAACGAAGACAGUGACGUCGAAGUCACCGUAGCGAAGAAAUGGCGCGUAUGGCUGCAAGCAAAGUUCGACAGACAGUCGAGAAAGCUGAACGUGGUCGUCAACUCUGCAGAGCUAAUAUCAGGUCGACUGACACCGAACUCGCAUUGGUCGCUGUUUUUCGUCAUGUAUCUUCUGCCGGAAGAGACGGUUAAGGCCAAAUCAGCCAUUCACCCGUACUGCGCCGCUCUGACCUCGGACGACACCAUGAACUUUACGAUUGCUCCAGAAGUAAAACCUCCAAUCAACGUCAAGUUAGCGUUGUAUUCAAUUGACGAAAGGAAAAACAGAACCAGUCAUGGCUUUACGAUCAUCAGCCUAAGCGAAGCCGAUGUCAUUUCCGGGGAACAGAAACUCAUGUGUUUGGAUCUUCAUAGUCAUUACAAACAGGCAAGUAGAAUCGAUUUUUCCCGUGUUUAUGAGUAG